CGCGCCUCGGCCCGGCCCUGCAGCGGCGGCGGCGGCUGGUUUCUCUCCAGUCGGCUCGCUCUCCCCGGAGCGCCACACUGCGCGUGCGCCGACGCCGGCGCUCUCGCUCCAGAAGCCGCUGGUGGCUGCCCGAGAGAAGUAGCUAGGCAGUCCCCGGAAAUGAACUCUGUUCUGUCACCGGGACUGGCGCGGUAGUUCCUCGGCCGCCGAGAGUUUAGGGCGUCUCAGAACAAUGCUAUAAUAAGCAUUCUUCUACCUGGACCUUAAUGCAAAGCUGUAGGCGUUUUCAAGACACACGAUACAUGCUUUGGAGUCGUAGGAGAAUUGUGGAUUCAAAAGGUCCUGGAGCCUUCCCAUGGCCCAUUAGACGUCGGUUUUUCUCGCGGAGGGCUUGAAACUUCCAAACAACAUUGAAUUUAUUUAAUGCUACUUUGUCGACCUCUGCUUAAGGAUCGCCUGGAAUCGAUCAUUUUAUAGAUGGGAAAAAUCUUGGGCUGAGGAUGUGGCUAGUUCGUUACACCAGCAAACAUCAGGGCUAUAGUUCAGUCCUUGGUACCAACAAUAAACAAAAUCGUAAAUCUUAGCUGAAGCCUUCUCAAAGGUUUUCCUUGCAAGCAUUCUUCCUGCAGGAGCAGAAAUACCUUCAGAAAUCCUAACUUUGAGUCUCCUCUGCUUAUGGCUCUAUGUGGGUGCCCCUGGAUCUUUGUCAGACUAGAGUUCCCACAUUCCAUACUAAACUGUUUCUGUAGAACCUGUGUCUACAUCUUGUUGGACCUGUAAUGGCCAAAUACUACAGUGAAGUUCCAAGUCUACAACAGGAUGAUUCAGUUAUAGAAGGAGUAAGUGACCAAGUGCUUGUGGCAGUGGUGGUCAGUUUUGCUUUGAUUGCUACUCUCCUAUAUGCACUUUUCAGAAAUGUACAGCAGAACAUUCAUCCAGAAAACCAAGAACUAGUCAGGGUGCUUCGAGAACAACUUCAAACGGAACAGGAUGUCCCUGCUCCUGCUCGACAGCAGUUCUACACUGAAAUGUACUGUCCAAUUUGCUUACAUCAAGCCUCCUUUCCUGUUGAAACGAACUGUGGACAUCUUUUUUGUGGUUCCUGCAUAAUUGCGUACUGGAGAUAUGGGUCUUGGCUUGGUGCAAUCAGUUGUCCAAUCUGUAGACAAACGGUAACUCUACUCCUAACAGUAUUUGGUGAAGAUGAUCAGUCUCAGGAUGUUGUAAGAUUGCGUCAAGAUGUUAAUGAUUAUAACCGGAGAUUCUCAGGGCAGCCUAGAUCUAUUAUGGAAAGAAUCAUGGAUCUCCCUACCUUGCUGAGACAUGCAUUCAGGGAAGUCUUUUCAGUUGGCGGUCUCUUCUGGAUGUUCCGAAUUAGGAUAAUGCUUUGUUUAAUGGGAGCUUUUUUCUAUCUAAUAUCACCUCUAGACUUUGUUCCUGAAGCCUUGUUUGGAAUUCUGGGCUUUCUAGAUGACUUCUUUGUUAUCUUUUUGUUGCUUAUCUACAUCUCUAUUAUGUAUCGAGAAGUGAUAACCCAAAGACUAACUAGAUGAAAAAAUUAGUUUACUAGAAUAUCUGAAUUUAUAUAAAAAAAAAACCAAACAAAAGGAUCCAUGGCAGUAUCAGUCACCCAAAUAUUACUUUACAAGCUUAAAACAUUUGGUUAUUGUUUGACAAAUGCCUCACAAUAUACAACUGGAAUUUUUACAUACUGCAGGUUCUAAUGUUAAGAUCAGAUUUAUAGUGAUCUACAGUUUUAUCUCAAUUUUGUGUUGUCUGUAAAAAAAAGUGUGAAACCAAUUGAAAAGGGAUAGUUUGUUUUCUUUUUCUCCAAAUUACUUAGCUUAAUUAGACACAUAGUUCGCUAUUGCUAAAUGUACAAAUCAUCAUCCUAGUGGGUACCCAUACAAUAAUAGAGAACUUUGAAAAUAUUUUUGUUAAAGUCAAAUACUGUAUGAUGCUGGGGAAAGCCAGUGUCUCUGUGUUAGCCAAGCCUUGUGAACUUGGAGCAGCUCUGCUUUUUAUUUUUUGUCCAAUUCUUUGUGAUCAGCUGAAAAGGAAAGAAACUUGGACGUCAUGAUUUGACUACAUUUUUAGUCUAUGGAACAAUUUAAUCAAUAGGAGAGUUAACAAAGUGAAAACCAUGCAUCUCCUGUAGGUACUUUUGGCAUUCAGUUGUGACAUUUAACCAAGAGUUUGGCCUUUUUAUAGAAACAAAUAUUAAAGUAAAUUGUGGCCAGUU